AUGGGUGACAUCCAGCCAAAGGCGGGCUCCGACACUGCCCCUGGCGGCGCACCGUCCGACACUCGCCCGUGUGGAACAGGAACAAAGAUUUACGAAUUCAAUUGCCUGAAAUUAAGGGAUAGGAUUAAGAGGGAUAAGUUUGUUGGUCUGGUAAGGGUCAAACUUGCGAAGAAGGAAGGGGUCAUUCAGGCACCACAUGUGCUAUACCGAGGUGUACGGUUGUACAGAGAGGGCAAUCCCAAUGACAAAGUUGCGUUUUUCACGGAUAAUGUGACUGACGCUGUGACAUAUGCCAAGUUCAAUCCCCGGGCGGUGUAUGUUUUCGAGCCACAACACGUGAAUGUAUGGGAUAUGACGAACAAGGAUGUCCUUUAUCAGUUGUGCGACUAUGCCCGGAAGUGCGAUCUUCCCGAUGAUGUCAUUACCAAGUUUGCUGCCAUGGGCAACAGGUCAUUUGAGAGCGAUAUGUUUCACUUGCUUGAAACCACAAUGCGUGAUGAGAAAGUCCAUGGUUUUUACCGCGAAACCUUUUCAUCAUCGCUGAACAGGGUUGCUGGUGAGUACGCAUUGUAUCGUGCGAUUCUACCAGACCAUAUUCCGUAACGGCUCCUUAAAAAUCUAGAAUCUGGAACGCUUCAUCUCACUACGAAGGAUGUCGGCCGAAAAUGAGUGGGUUGCUGAAGAUGGUUUUUUGUGGAGGUUUGGAUAUGUGUAUGCUGCGGAAAUCAAUCUGAUCGGAAAUCAAUCUGAUUGGCCGCCUACUUGACUGCAGCUCCCCACUCGUUCGCUUGCCUUUCUAUGUUAUUGUGAUAAUAUGCCUUCUCCUAUAGGAAUGCCAUUUCCCUAUAGGGCAAAGCAUGCAGGCAUCAUGGUCUGUAAUCAAACUCCAGUUUU